AUGCCGAAUCUCGUGGAGCCCGACACCCAGUUUCGCGAGCACUUCGUGGACUUCCGUGUGGCAAAGACGGUGAACACCAUCCCCUAUGAUGCAUCCCUACCCCAGAAGCCAGCCAAAGACACACCUUUGGGCAACCACAGCAGCAAAAAGGUCACCAUCGUAGGUAUGGGUCAGGUCGGUCUGGGCUGCGUCUGUGCUAUCCUCAAUCAGGACAUUUGUGGGACACUGGCAUUGAUUGACAUCUCUGCAAAGAAGCUGGAGGGAGAGGCCAAGGACUUUCAGCAAGGAAGCGCCUUCCACCAGCACACCACGAUUCUCGCUUCAGAUGCCUAUGACGUAAGCGAGAACUCUGACAUGGUGGUCAUAACGGCAGGCGUCGCUCAGCAGCCAGGCGAAUCGCGGCUCAGCCUGGUUGAUCGCAAUGCGAACAUUCUGAAGAAGAUCAUGCCAGAAGUCCUCAAGUACUCUCCGAAUGCAACCAUCCUCAUUGUCAGCAACCCCUGCGACAUCAUGACGGCCAUCGCUGCGAAACUGGCCGGUCCUGACUUCCCACAGGGCAAAGUCUUCGGUGCAGGCACCUGCUUAGAUACCUCCCGAUUCCAGACGCUGAUAGCCCAGUCCAUGGACUUGGAUCCCAAGAACGUCCACGGAUACAUCAUUGGUGAGCACGGGGACUCUUCGAUCCCUGUUUGGUCCUCGGUCCGUGUGGGCGCCCUUCCUCUCUUGGAGCCUGGCGAGGAGCCGAACGACACCUUGAAGAAAAUCCACAAGUCAGUUGUGAACUCUGCUUAUGACAUCAUCAGCCUGAAGGGCUACACCAAUUGGGCCAUCGGUAUGUCGACCGCCUACAUCUGCAAGGCCGUGCUGAACGACACCCGCACGAUCAUCCCAGUUUCAACUUGUGUGCGUGGCCUCUAUGACGUGGAGGGCGAUGUCUUCCUGAGCCUCCCUUGUAGCCUCUCCAGCCACGGCGUGCAGCGCGUGGCGGUGCUGCCCUUGACGGACUCCGAGAAGGCGACCUUCCAGAAAUGUGCCAAGAGCAUCUGGGAGGUGCAGAAGCCGAUUUGGGACAACCUGCUGCCGAAAGAAGCGCCGAAGGCGGAGGAGGCCUGA